AUCAACUGGACCAAUUAGUAACCCAUUUUGAUUGGGCCCAAACGGCCCAGGUGCAUUAGGGCUUGUUAAAAAACUGACAAACCAACUUAAUCAAGUGAGGCCAAAACUCAAUUAAAGAUUUAAAGGUUAACAGGUUGGCCGCGUACUAACUAUCACUACAACAAAAAACCCCUAUGCCAAGGGUAUGUUAAACCCCUGCUAGAUUUUUCGGAACUCAUUUAACGACGGUUUUUUCUAAGGGUUCGUGAACCCUUGCUAAUGCACAAAUGACAAUUUUGUUUUAUUACCCACACUGGAAAACUUAAUCAACACAACAAAGAACCCUUUAUUCCCCCUUCUUCAGUUUUCCUAUUUGAUUAAGGGGUCGUUUGGAUUAAGGUUUGUAGUGAGUGAUUCUCCGAUGACUCCCUCCGAGCGAUUCUUCGAUGACUCCCUCACUUCGAUCUGAGCGAAUCCUCCGGUCCCUCCCUCAUCCGAACGGCGCGAAUCUCCGAUCCCUCCCUCACUCCGAGCGGCGAAUCUCCGAUCUCUCUCUCAAUUAGAGCGACGCCAAUCUCCGAUCUCUCCCUCGCUCCGACGCGAUUCUCCGAUCUCUAUCUCGUUAUGGCUGAUAAGGUUAUCUCUCUAGUACUUUUCGCUUUUAGGUCACUAAGAUUAUCAAUUCAAAUUUUUCGCUCUCUUAAGAGAUUGAGAUAUAUAAUAAACCUUUGUGUUUCUGCAUGUGCAUUUGCUCUCAUUCACAACCUAGAUGUUCAUCAGCUUGUGACAAUACUAGGGAUUAAUCCAUUUGAUUUCUUUUACUCGAUGGAAUCUCACCCCGUGCUUUCGUGGAUCUGUUGUAAGCUGCUUGAUUUCAUUUCGUUUCCAUGGCUCUAAUUCUGAAAUGCAGACUGUUUUAGUUGAGUAAUCAGGGGAAUAAUCUCUUUGUCUGUAGUACAUAAUAAUCUCCUUGUGGGAAUAAUUUGGUUCUUCAGUAUGGAUGGGAAAACAGAAAGUUUAUUCUGAAAUUCAGGACAAAUAUCUGGAUUUGCUUCUGCAAUAUGAGGAUAAACAGAAGGCCAUAAAUUGGUCCUCGUGUUAGCACCAUGAAGUAAGCAGGCGGCUUCGUCAUAAGUUCUUCCAGCUUCUUCAGUGGUGUCGAAGAUAACUAACCAUACCCUGAUCUUUUAUAUUUCAGAAUAAACUGUUUAUUCUGAAAUGCAGGACAAAUAGCUGUUUGUUUUUGAACUUAUGUUUUUCUCUGCCCAACCCAAAUACUAAAGCAAGCUUGUUUUUCUUCUCUCGGGCAGUUUUGUUUUGUGGUUUCUUCGCUAAUCUCCCACUCUACUUUUGGUUUUGUGGUGGUAAUGGGGAUAAUAUAAAGAUAUCCAUGUGGACAGGUUCUUCCUACUUAUCACUGUUAUCAGUAAUGAAUUGACGUUUCAUUGUCAAGACAAAGGGGGCUACAGGGGAAGAAGUUUCACUAGUUUCAGUUUGUCUGGUUGUUGCUUCAAAGUUGUUUAAUUCACAUUCACUGUUGUGAUCUGCAUCUCCUUUGUUUUGAAGAACCCUUUGUGUUGUGUUGUUUGAAUGACUGAGAAAAAUAUCUAUGUAUGGAUUAGUGAGCAAAAUAAUGUGCUAUGAUGCUAACCAUAAAAGAAAGGAUAGAACAUGCAUCAAUGGUUAUGCUAAGGAUUUCAUUGUAAAAUUAGGCACGAGUGAUGUUGCUUCGAUUAGGAAUUGUUGUGUUGUGGAACAUGUACUUGGUAGUGAAUUUGCCAUGCCAGUUUAUGAUAUGUAGAUGUUGCAGUACAAUAUUUGGAACCAUGUCCCACUGUUUUGAUCCCUAGAUAGUGUUGUCCUCUUCUAAGAAGUCUUUAGGUGGUUGGGAAAAUGUUCCGCUAUGGGGAUUUUUUAGUUGUUGCUUUAAUAUUUACCAACCAUCAUUCAACUACUGGAAAAAUGUUGUCUUCUGAAAUGGAACCCUGUUGGGACUGAAUUUGCUAGACCAGUGAUUGCUUUCUGGAUGCUGCAUUGCUCUAUUUUGAGGAACUGGAUCUCAGUUUUUCCUAAAUCAUGUGUGUUGUCAUUGUAGAACUUGUCCCUUGUGCAAUUCUUCUUUUCGGGCUGCUUCUUAUCCUAGAAUCUCCUAGAUGGCUAGUAUUUAUAAUUAUGCUAUCUCAAGGAUUUUAGAAUCUAAGGAGGCUGGUUUUGAAUUGUUGUUGACAAGAAUGUUUGUCGUUCAUAUGUUCUGCAGGCAAAGACAUGUCAUGAGAAGGAGUUUGAGGUUGCAUUGCAGGAAUUUUGUGGCAAUGAUGCUGACAUUUCAGAGGAGGCAGCAGCAGAGAUGAAGGUUUGUUAUCCUAACCUAAACUCAGACAAGCAUUCCAUAUAAUGAGUUGAGCUGGCAUGCUUUGAAUAAAGUUUAGUUGUUAAGAAAGUUGAGUUAUUUUAGAAUUAGUUUUACCGAAGUAAAGGUUGGAGAUAUUUUGCAUUGUUUUAUCUAUGAUGAUUAAGCUUGAUCGGUUUAUGCUAAUUCUUAGCCUCCUUUCAUGGCAUGUCAUUCUGAUGGGGCGGCUGCAAAAGAGGAUGUGCGCAACUGAGGCUCCAUUUUCUCAGUCUUCCGCAUUGACCCUGGAUAGCGGUACACCAGCUACCCCUUUCAAUGGUGAGAGCCUGUUCUUUAUGCAUGAGUUGGUAUGCUCUGUUAAGUGUACUGGACUUGUUAUUUUUCAUUGGCACUCUCUCAUCCCUAAUAUUAUCACGUAUGAUUCCAAGUGAUGCAACCAAGUCAUUCCCCUUUCAGUUUGGGUCCAUAAGUCCUGGUUUUAUGAAUGGGAUGCAGGUAUUUCACUACACUUAUGCUGUGAUGGCUUUUUAUAAUUUCUUGUGCAGCAGUAUGAAGUGAAGAAACAUUGUGAUGUAGAUUCUUGCUCGAACUAUCUUAGCUCCCCCAAACUUGGAUGAGCAGAAGCGCGAACAGGUCCAUUCUUCUUUUGUUUGCCCCCUCAAUCUAGUAAUAGAAUUUAGUGAGUGCAUAUUGUUGUUGUUGCUUAUUGAUAGCAGAGGCCUCCUACUGGAUGAAACUUACAUUUUUCUCUCUGUGUAGUGUAAUUGAUCUCUUGUUUGGAAUGCACAGUAGAAUCCCAAACUUUAUUUAAAUCUGUCUCUCUAGAAUCACUCUCAAACACACAUAUGUUUUUGAUCUGUGAACUUGCCAGCACUCCAUGAUGCAUAUAGAUCUGUGAACUUGCAGGCACGCCGGUGAACAAACUCCCUUAUGUUAAAAUAGUCUUUGUUUUUCCUUUAAAAUGUUAAAAUAACCUUUGUUGUAGAGAACAAGUUCCCUUCUCUAUAGUAUAUAUAGAAUGACAAUUGUGACUAGAAUGUUGAGCUUGUUGAUGGUAAAAAAAUCAGGCGUUACCAAUUAUACUGGAAUGUUUAGCUUGUUGAUGUAAAAAAUAAGUUUUGGUAUCAAUUAUAUUAGAAUGUUUGGAUAGUGACAGGAAUCAGUAUUUGCGACGAAAAUGUCAUUGCUAAUGAGCCCCUCUCCUUUUUAAUGAUGGUUCUAUGAACAAUAUAAUGACCAAAAUACCACUAUUUGCAACCAAAAUGUCGUUGCUAAUGAGACACCUCUGUUCAGGAUGCAACUUUAGUGACAAUGUGAAUUCGACACAAAAUGUUCAUUAAGAUUUAGUGCCGAAUUAUGCAAGGGUUAACUACAAACAUCUCAUUGUAAUUUACAUUAACGUGUAGCAGGGGUUUUAAACCCUUGGUACAUUAGCAAAGGUUAAAACCCUUGCUAUAACCCUUGGAUGGGACUUCCACCGUGGGUUGCUAAAAACCCUUGCUGUAUGUAGCAGGGGCAGAAUUGGCGAGGGUUUGUCCAGGUAGGGGUGGGCAUUCGGUCGGUUCGGUUUCGACCGAACCAAAAUUAUGAAUACCGGGUUCCCGAAUUCUCCCAAACCUCAAACCGAUUUUGAACCGAAUUAUAAUUCGGUUCGAUCGAUUUAAAUCGAACUAUAAUUCGGUUCGGUUUGAUUUCUUGUGAAAACCCGAAUUUGUGAAGCUAUUUGUAUUUUCUCACUUUCAAAUUAUUUUUCACCCCUAAUAUAAACAAUAAAUAUCAUUUAUAUGCAUCAUUAAUGAUAAAACCAAACUUUUCAACACAUAAGUCAUAAAACAUUUCAAAUAUUUAAGUCUAAAAACAACUACAAACAUAAAAAUCUACCAUUUGGAGCUUGCAAUUAUAGUAUUUCGGUUUUUCGGUCGAAAAUUCAGAAAUUCGGUUCGGUUGAAAGAACCCUAAUUUCCGAACUAUCCAUAUCUUCCUUUCCGAACCGAAUAGCAUUAAUUUGGUUUCGGUUCAGUUCGGUUCGGGUUUACCGAACCGUUUGCCCACCCCUAUGUCUAGAGGUAGGAAUAACCCUUGCUACAACUUGUAGCAUAGGUUAAAACCCUUGCUAUAGGUAAAAAAAAAAAAACCCUUCCCAUAGACUUUUUUUUUUAGUGUAUCACUGUAUUGUGUGGUCACUAGCCCACUAGCCAAUUGUAGAAUGAUGACCGGUGUACUAUUUAGCAUUUUUGGUUUUUGAUUUUAUAUGAUGCUUCUACGUUAUGGUGGUUAUUAAUGUACUCGACUUAACCAAUUUUGUGACUGUUUGUAGUAUAAUUGGAACCCCAACAAAUUCUGAGUAAAAUUUGCUUAAGUUUACAAGUCAUGGUAACAAACUCCUAAAGGCCAAAACAGUUUUUUUUUUCAAAACUAUUCAUAGAAAUCUAUCACAAAAGAUAAAAAAAAGGGUUUGGAGUGAAGUGAGCUACACAAGAUUAUGUACUCAUUAAACAUAAAAUUAUGGGCUAAUACCACUACAACACCCGAACUAUUCGAAAAAUGCCACUUGUGCCCUAUUGUUUCCAAUAUUCCAUCUGUGUCAUGAACUAUUAUUCUGUUAGUGUUUCCAACAUGGAGUGAGCUCUCACUCCCCUAUGUUCUCACUCGUCUCUCUGCGGCCCAGUAUCCAAUCCCAAUUCUUCUUCCCCAACCAGCGCCACCCACUUCGCCACCGCUCCUUAAAUUGCUCCAUUUCCGCUAAAGCUGUCGCCGCCGCCGUCGUCCUGGGUUCUCCGCCACACAAGCACCUCCCCGCCGAGGUCUCCAGAUCCAAGUGCGGACUUUGACUGGAACAUGGAAACCCGGUGGAUCUUCUACCAUUUUCCGAAGAACCCUAAUUUUGCCAAAACAGGAUUUGUUCAAUUCAACUCAAUCGGAGAUUGAAAUCAUGAAUAAAGAAUGGAAUACAUUCUGGAGUGGGAAGAGGUCUUUACACGGGCCUUGAUUUGGGGUUAUGUCGAAUGAGAAGGUGAUUGGAGCGUGCGGUGGCGAGGGAGUCAGAUGUCGGUCCGCAGCAUUUCUGGGUUCGAAGAGUAGAGUGGAAGACGCAGAGGUGGUGGUGACCUGGAUCGACGGUGGUUGCGAUGAAUCUUCGAUGCCGACGAUGGUGGCUGGGAUGAAUCUUCGAUGCCGACGACGGAGGUGGUGGCGACACCGCAUCUCGAACCUUCAAAAUCUGGUCACCCUUUCUCUAGCACGACGAUUCCCCUGCCACGACCUUCAGAAUCUAGGUGUUGAUGGCGACUUACCGGAGAGGGCUCCCGGCAGAGGGUUCCACCAGACGGCGGGAGGAGAUGCGGAGAAGAGGGAUUGGGAGGGUUUUCUAUUUUUCUAUUUUUUUAUUUUUUAUUAAAUGAAAAUUGAUAAUGAAAAUUCCAGGUCAGAUGCCACGUCAACGCUGACUGGAUUUUCUGUUAAAUACUAACGGUCAACGCCGGUCAACACUAACAGAAUAAUAGUUCAGGACACAGAUGGAAUAUUGGAAACAAUAGGACACAAGUGGCAUUUUCCGGAUAGUUCGGGUGUUCUAGUGGUAUUAGCCCUAAAAUCAUCUACUUAAUAAGUUAUUUUUGCACGAAAUAUGUAUGCUUAUAAAAGUGUACUUUCUGUAGAAAAAUUCCUAUAUUCGUUGAAUAUAAAGUUUCACGUUCAUUGUAUAGAAACUUUAUGUGCACAUAAGGAGUUUAUACAUAAUUGCUACAUUAUGCAACGGUGUAUAAGUUUUACGAAAUUAUGUAUUGAUGCUUACAGAAAUAACUUAUCAACAAUUUGGGGAGGGUAUUAGAGCAUGAGUUGUACUAGUAGUAUUAUGUUAUACUACGAGUAUUGUUGUAUAAUCAACCUCAUUUUGUAAGCAACAAGGAAUGGGAAGGGAAGCAGAGCAGGUAGAGAAGAGAACAUGAAAGUGAGGUUACACAACAGAGAAUACUAUCUUGAAGUAAAACAAAGUGAAGUUAUAUAACAAAGGUUAAACUCAUUAGCCAAAUUGAGGAAAUAGUAAGUGGGGUUUUCUUUUCUUUUCACACUUGCUGGUUACUAUAUCAAGGGAAAUUUGGGAAGCCGAAGAUUAGAAAAAACAAAGAUGACUCACUAACUGAAACUUAGUAUGUAACUAUAUAUGAAUGACCUAUUAUCUUCGGUUCUUCACUUUACAAACCCGUUAAAUAUGAACGAUUUCUUCUUUCACCUUUUGCAACAAGCCUUUAUUAGCAUAGCUACUAAAUAUUUAAUUUUCGAUCUCUCACCUAACAUCUUUCUGAUUAGCUUAAUUUGUUACAAGGUAUUAUUUCAAGCUUGCAUUGUGUGCACGUACGUGGUGACUAUUUGAUCACCAUGACCUCUUCAUUGCGAUCAAGUUAACAAGAAGUAAUCAACUAAACACCCAACUUUGUACCAUCAAAAUUAAAAAUAAAAUAAGUGGGAAGAACAGAAGACUGAGAGGUGCAUUGCAUCGCUCACCAAGUCACCAUUAAUAAAAAAUAAAAAUAAAAAAAAAGUAGUACAACAACACACCAUGUGACCAGAUUUUGACCCUUCUCCCUAUUAUUCUUCCACAUCUUUGACCCUCCUCUCCUCCCUCUUCCUAAUUUCCCAUCUUCUUUCAUCAGAUGGCUUAACAUUAAUAUUUUUUUUCUUCUUCCCAUUAUGGGGUUUUCUUUUUAAUUCUUCUAAUUAAUUCUAACAUUUAAUUUUUUAUUUGUAAUUAUGUAGAAGACUAAUAAACUGCCUGCAGAUUGGUAAAGACUAAAGACUAGAGAGAGAUUGGUGUAGGUAACUGCGUAGGUCUGAAGAUGUUGGAUUUGGGUCAUAUAAUUAUGCAUGGGAUAGUGUGGGAUUAUGUCACAGUCACAUGCCCCAAUCUGCAAAACCGUACCCACUGAUCAUUUUUCCAAUCACAUAAAACAAAUUAUUAUUAUUGGACCAAUUAAAGCUAGGUUCCUUGGAAAACAAAAAACCAUUUUUUCCUUGCUGGGGAGUUCAAACUUUGUAGUAAUGGUGAUGAUUGAUGAGGUCAAUAAUAUUCCACUUACGAUGAUUCUUUCUCAAUCACCGCCUCUCACAUGCAAAAUGCCAAUCUCAUUACUCAUAUUCUUCUCCCCGUAAGAACACCAUUAAUCAAAUCAGUCAAAUCGUAGAGACUACUUAGAUUUAGUGGCCCUCACUCAAAGUUCAAUCAACAAAAAACUUCUCCAAACAUUGGACAAGAUCGAUUGGCCACAAAUAAACUCUCCUAGCUACUAAUUAACAUUAAAGUUUGAU